AUGACAGUGCAAGAUGUUCCUCAUGCCUUCCCUACACUGGAUGUUCCAGACCAUGCCCACUACACAAUUGGAACUGUCAUUCUGGUGGUGGGGAUCACCGGAACGCUGGGUAACUUCCUGGUCAUUUAUGCUUUCUGCAGGAGUAGGAGCCUUCGAACUCCAGCCAACAUGUUCAUCAUCAAUCUAGCUAUUAGCGACUUCCUAAUGUCCAUCACACAGGCUCCAAUUUUCUUCACUACCAGUCUCCACAAGCACUGGAUUUUUGGCAAGAAAGGUUGUGAGCUGUAUGCCUUCUGCGGAGCCCUUUUUGGCAUUACAUCCAUGAUCACAUUGAUGGCAAUCGCACUGGACAGAUAUUUUGUGAUCACACGACCGCUGGCCUCCAUUGUGGUGAUGUCCAAGAAGAAGGCUUUGAUAAUCCUGCUAGGAGUCUGGCUGUACUCUUUGGCUUGGAGCCUCCCACCCUUCUUUGGAUGGAGUGCUUAUGUUCCUGAGGGUUUGUUGACUUCCUGUUCCUGGGACUACGUGACCUUUACCCCAUCAGUCCGUGCCUAUACAAUGCUCCUCUUCUGCUUUGUCUUCUUCAUUCCUCUGAUUGCCAUCAUAUACAGUUAUGUCUUUAUCUUCAAGGCUAUCAAGAAUACCAAUGAGGCUGUUCAGAACAUUGGUUCUGAUGCUAAUAAAGUAUCCCAGAGACAGUAUCAGAGGAUGAAGAAUGAAUGGAAAAUGGCCAAAAUUGCCUUGAUUGUCAUCUUACUUUACGUCAUUUCCUGGUCACCAUAUUCUGUUGUAGCUCUGGUGGCUUUUGCUGGGUAUUCCCAUCUCCUGACACCCUUUAUGAACACCGUACCAGCUGUGAUUGCCAAAGCUUCUGCCAUCCACAACCCCAUCAUUUAUGCCAUAACUCAUCCCAAAUUCAGAAUGGCCAUUGCAAAGUAUGUGCCGUGCCUUCGACCCCUGCUAAGAGUUUCUCGUAAAGACUCCAAGUCUUCCAGCAGGUAUCUCUCAACCAGACGAUCCACUAUUACCAGCCAGUCUGAGAUAAGUGGACUGCAGAAAGGAAAGAGAUGGCAAUCCUCUCUCUCAGACAGUGAAUCAGGCUGGACUGAUACAGAAGUUGAUGUUGUUAGUGUGAUCUCCAGACCAGUCAGUAAACAGCUUUCCUAUGAAAUAGGCAAAUACGCUGUUGAAACCAGUGACACAAAAGCCAAAUCUAAACUGAAAAGCCAUGAUUCUGGGAUUUUUGAAAAGACUUCUGAAGAUGCCGAUGACAUUUCCAUGGUGGAGCUGAAUGUCAGAGAGUGCAUUUCCUCUCCUGUUGCCCUGCCAUCUAGAACCUAUAGCCUUGAGGAAAUCCAAACAGGUGAGGGCCUGAAUGGCACUGGACUACGAAAAGGAGACUCUCACUCUAGACUGUUUGCAGCCCAGAUACCCAGCAUUAUAAUAACAUACAGCAACGUCCAGGGAAUAGAACAGCCUUCUGAAUACAGCUCUGGCCUCAGGUUCCCUGAGAACAGUAGCCACAACCAGGAUAAGGACUACAGUAGCCAACCAGACAGACGGUACCAGGGUGUUGCCUUAGCCAGUAUCUUAGGAGAAACCACAGAUCAACUGAGCGCAGAAGACCUUCCAAAACUGCUCUGA